AUGGGGGGAGCAACUAACGAGGACAAUGCGGUGGUGAAGCUGAAAUCAAACGCUUCUGAUAUAACCUGGCAAGUGAAGAUAGAGGGUCGGAGACUCACCGAAGGCUGGCAAACGUUCGCCAUCUGCCAUGACCUCCGGGUCGGCGGCAUAGUUGUUUUCAGACAUGAUGGAGGUUUGUUGUUCCAUGUCACGUGUUUUGGACCAAGCUGCUGUGAGAUUCAAUACGAUGAUGAUGAUGAUGAUGUCAUUCAAAUAUCCUCUGAUUCAGAGAAGAAUCAGAACACAGCAGAAGCAGGAGGAUCUUCAUCAGAUCAUCACUCUUGUUUUGUAGCAUGUGUCACCGAGUUGAAUCUACGCAAAGAUAUACUGUUUCUCCCUAGAGGUUUCUCAAGAUCUAAUGGUUUGAUGGAUCGUAAGUGUGAGAUCAUUCUAUUGAAUAAAGAUGGGACACCAUGGACAUUGAUCCUGAGUCAUAAACCAGACGGUGAGGUUUACAUCAGAAGCGGUUGGACAAGUUUCUGCUUCGAAAAUCGACUAAGAGUCAACGAUGUUUUAACCCUUAAGCUCGUGCAAACCGGUACAACACCUGUUCUCCAGCUUUGUUCUUCUUCAACGACGAGCCAAUGCAGAUUCUUGACACUAACUCUCAGACCAUACAAUCUUAUACAGCUGUGUCUACCGAGGAAAUUUGUUAAGGCGAAUGGUAUCGAGAAAGCGAGGAAAAUAACUCUCCUGGAUCAAUAUGAUGUCAAGCGGACGACGAUUCUUAAACCGAACGGCAAACGUGCAAAUAUGAGUUUGGGAAAAGAGUGGAGAGAGUUUUGUUAUGUUAAUGGAGUGAAUGUAGGUGAGUCCUUCAAGCUGGAACUCAUCAAGGAAAAAGAAGACACAGCUACUCAUCUACUUAAGUUCUGCUCCAAAGUCGUCAACUUUCCCUGA